GUUCAAUACAUUAUUAUUGCAGUUUGUACUGUUUGUAGUACCUACAGAACACACGCAUGUUUUGUACGGUGUUGUAAUUAUUACGUUUCUGCUAGAUUUACGUUUGUUUAUAAAACAAAUAAAUACAUUUUGUUUUCUUAAAAUGGCGACAUCGCAGCGUAAAAAAGUGGCCAUUGUCGGUGCGGGUAUUAUCGGUGUUAAUUCAGUGCUGGAAGUUCUAAGGAGACAUCCGAAUUACGAUGUAACUUUGAUCGCGGAUAAGUUCAACGGAGAGACGCUCAGUGAUGGCGCAGCUGGACUAUUGCGGCCUGACACAUACGUUUUCGGUCCCAGCCUCGAAAUCUCUCAGAAAUGGGUUAACGAUUCUUAUAGUUUUUAUAAAAAAUUAUUAAAAAGUAGGGAUGGACCAUGCGGAAUAAAUGAAGUUUCUGGUUACAUGUUUUCGACUAAGAAUCCAGAUAUUAUAAAAAACCAUUACAUGAAAAAUUGUUCACCAGACUUCAGAGAAGCUACCGAUGAGGAAUUAAAAGCGCAUUCAUCUGUUGAAAGUCAAUCUAUAAUAAACUAUGGUAGCUUCUUUACGUCAAUAGUCAUUGAAUGUAAACUGUUCUUACCAUGGGCUUUAAAAAAGAUUAAUGAUAAUGGUGUAACUAUUAUUAAGCGAAAAAUCGAAUCUCUCGAAGAAUUGUGUGGCGAAUAUGAUAUUGUUUUUAACUGCACUGGGCUCAGAGCCGGAAAAUUAUGUAAUGAUGUGAAUGUGUUGCCUAUUCGUGGACAAGUAAUUCGGGUCAAAGCUCCUUGGAUUGAUAAAUUUUACUAUUACGAUUCCGACACCUAUAUAAUUCCAUCAAUAAGCGACGGGACUGUUGUACUCGGUGGAUGUAGACAUUUUGGCAGUCAUAACGAACAGGUGAAUGAACGCAACUCAGAAGAAAUACUAGAAAAUUGUAUAAGAUUAUUACCAUCAUUAAAAGAAGCGUUAAAAACGGACUACGAGAUUUGGGUUGGUCUUAGACCUUAUAGGAACAAAAUACGAGUAGAAACGGAACAUAUCGGUGAUACUGUGAUUGUACACAAUUAUGGACACGGAGGAUACGGAGUAACAUUAGCGCCUGGAACAGUGAAAUAUGCAGUUGAUUUAUUGACUUCAGAACAAUUAAUUUAACAUCAUAAACAUGUAAUGAAAUGACGUAUUUGGCUAUAGUGGUAUAUCAGUAUAUACUUAAUAUAAGUCUUUUACCUAAUAUUAUAAUAAUCGUUAUGUAAUUGUUUCGAUAAGUUUAAUGGUUCAAUUUAAUUAUGGUUGUAUUCUUGCAAUUAAUUAAAACAUAUAUUUCAUUGAUUAUUUCAGAAAUAUAGUAUUAUUCUUUAUGCAAAUUUAUUUUAUAAUCGUUGAUUAUUAAAAUACAAGUAUAUUAUUGUGUUUAGUAUUAGAAAUAUUUAUUAAUUGUAAAUGUCAAUGUAUGAUAUUCGUAAUAAAUACUAUAUAACAAAUA